UGCAACCAUUUUCCAUUACUAUUUUCUCAUCCUGAAUCACAUUUUUAUUAGAAGAAUCUUAGAUUUGGAAUUGAUUAGAAAUAAAUCAUCAAAAAAAAAAAAUGAAUUGUGUGGUAAGAAAUUUACUUCGUGGUUCUGCGAUUAGAAAUAUUUUAUCCUCAACUACUAACAAUGGUUCAACGAGUAGUAAUUUAUAUAGAACGUUGUGGAACAUGUGCAACCGGCAAAACGAUGCUAUAGUAUCAUUAAGUAUUCCAAAGGUUCACAAUUUUCCAAUUUAUAGUUAUGAAAGUAAAAGAAAUUCUCAUACCAAAGCCGAGAAAGAAUUAGUUGAGUUCUUAGCAGAAGAAAUAGUUGCUGAGAAAAAAGCACAGAAGUUGAAAACAAUUCCAACAGAAUUAAAUGGUUUCAAGGUAUCACUAGACAGUGCUGAAGUUACUCUUGAGAAGAAAGAUAAAGGCGAAGAAAUAAUCAUUUCUUUCAAUAUAAAUCAUACGGUAGACAACGCUACCGAACCCGAAAUUGAUCCUCAAAGCGAUCAUGCAGACAUCGGUGAAAUGAAAAGCAAACCAUCAUUUACCGUAGAUAUUAAAAAAGGAAAUCAAACUUUAGGAUUUACGUGUUCGUUUAACCAUGAACCAGGUGCAUCUGGUGCUGAUGAUAGUUAUAAUGACAUUUUUGGUAUCGAUGAAAUAACUUUCUAUGAAGGAGAACACAGUGACAAAGUUUAUGCAGUUGCUGGUGAAAUUAUCGAUGGUUAUCUAUAUGACCUCUUGAUGAAUUAUCUCGAAGAGAAAGGUAUUUCUAACGAAUUCGCUGAACAAAUCAUCGAACUUAGUACGAAUUAUGAACACACGGCUUAUGUUAGUUUAUUAGAAGGACUAUCCAAAUUUACCUCUAGAAAAUAAGUUUCUACAUUCUGUCUCUCAUUGCUUUAUUAUUUUUACUUUUUAACAGAUCAAUGUAAUCUUCACAUUAAGAUCUUAAGUAUUGUUAAUGUCAUUAAUAGUAUAUGUUAAAAAAAAAAAAAGUCAAUUUUUAUUUUGUAGAUUUCCAUGUUUAUCAAGCAAAUAUAAAUAACGCAU